AUGCCAGUGCGUGUACUCUGUCUUCACGGGCAAGGAGUGAACUCAGCCGUCUUCCAGAAACAGACACAGAGCCUACGCGAGAUGCUGCCUGCAGAUUACGAUUUCCGUUUCUUCGACGGCAAAUACGAAUGCGAACCGGCGGAGGAAGUGCGCGAUUACUACCAGCCCCCGUAUCUUACUUGGUACAACACUCCGACCGUGGAGAAAGUCAAGGAUGCGCAUGAGCAAAUCCGGCAGAUCAUCGAGAGCCACGGCCCCUUUGAUGCAGUCAUGGGCUUCAGCCAGGGCGCUGCUGUAGCAGCCUCUCUACUGUUGCACGAGGAGCUAGAAUCCAAGCCACUCUCCUUCAAAGCCGCAAUCUUCAUCGGCUCGCCCAUACCAUUUGCCAGAACUACGCAAGUGGGCAUUGAUGCGCGUUCUUACUUUGGCGUUCCCAACACGCUUCCAAAUGCGCACGCUCGCCCGAGCCGCAUACCACCCCACUUGCUGACAGACCCUGCGUAUUUGCGCAAUCCCGCGCAGCUGGAGCGGGUUUCGUGCGAUAACGUGCAAUAUCAGAUGUUUCACCCCACGGCUGACGAGGUGCGCAUCACGUUGCCGACGGGACAUGUCAUGGGUAUGCAGGAUAAAUGGUUGUGCCACAGUAAGGAUUUGAUCGCCCUUGAUAUGACCAUCAUCGCAACUGCGAUCCCAAGUAUCACGGAUGAUUUCCAUUCGGCCCCAGAUGUCGGCUGGUACGCUGCUGCAUUCUUCAUCACCUUGGCCAUAUUCCAAUCAGCAUGGGGCAAAGCAUACAAGCACUUCAAUAUUAAGAUUACCUUCGUGGUAGCAGUCGUCCUGUUCGAGGUUGGCAGCUUGAUCUGCGGCGUUUCGCAAAACAGUCUUACGUUCAUCGUCGGCCGAGCCAUCGCUGGACUUGGUGGAGCUGGCGUUACUGGUGGCGUGUAUACCGCCAUGGCCUACAUUGUGCAGCCUGCGCAAGUUCCAACAUACAUUGGCCUCAUCGGCGCCGUGUUUAGUGUCGCCAGCGUUGCUGGCCCCCCGCUUGGCGGUGCGCUCACUGGCGAGGUGAGCUGGCGAUGGGUAUUCUACAUCAAUCUGCCAAUAGGCGGCUUCGCCCUGUUGAUCAUCUUCAUCUACUUCCACUUGCCUGCCACAGUCAAGCCAGUACCUAUCGGCCGAAAAGAACUCAUUUUGGUCAUGGAUAUUCCCGGUAUCGUCCUCGGCAUGGGUGCGCUUGUCAGCUUCACGCUCGCUAUGCAAUGGGGUGGUACCCUGAAGCCUUGGUCUUCUCCAGACGUUAUAGGUACCCUCGUAGGCAGUGUUAUCAUGACUGUUCUCUUUGCCGUCUUGCAGUGGCGAGCGGGCGAGAACGCCUCCCUCGUUACGCGGAUUAUGACGCAGCGAACAGUCGCAGCACUGUCGGCAUUCAUCUUCUUUCUGAACUCGACCAACUUCCUCCUGGUAUACAAUCUCCCACAAUACUUUCAGGUUAUCAACGACCUCUCCGCCACAGAAAGUGGUAUCAGAAACCUCGCACUCAUUCUCUCAACUUCAGCUUUCGUCCUCGCAAGUGGCUUCAUCCUCGGCCGGGUCGGCUACUACCACAUCUUCCUCAUCAGUGGUUCUGCUCUACUCACAGUCGGGGCCGGCCUCGUAUACACGCUCGACCUUGACUCCACAGUCGCGGAAGUAGUGGGGUUCCAGAUUCUGGUUGGUAUGGGUAUCGGCUUAGCCAUCCAGGCUCCCGUCAUUGUCGCACAGGCCUUCUCGGCCCCUGAAGAUAUACCAGUAGUCACGUCGAUAGUCAUGUUCUUCCAGCUAGUGGCGGGAGCGAUAUGUGUAUCGGCCUCGCAGACACUUCUCAACAACCGACUGAUCUCAGCACUGGCAGACCUCGCGCCCAACAUUUCAUCCGAGCAAGUCUUCGCGGUCGGUGCGACGGAGAUUCGUGAUGCCUUUCAGGGAGCCGAUCUCGUCGCUGUGCUCAAGUCCUACAUGGUCGGUCUUAAAGAUUCUUGGCUCUUUGCGACUGUUUUGGCUGCGAUCACGUUUCUCCUGGCUUUUGCGGGAGAAUGGAAGAGUGUGAAGGGCGCAAAGCCUGCGGCUGUUGCAUAA